GUUUUCUUACUUUCUAGAAUCUCUUAGGAAGCAUUUCAGCCAGUUUGGAGAGAUAACUCAUUCUGUAAUAAUCAUGAGUAAAAACUCUGGAGGGUCACGGGGAUAUGGUUUUGUUACAUAUGCUGACUCGGAAAUUGCAAAUAAAGUUUUAGAGAAAGACCAUAUCAUAGAUGGUAGAGCGGUAGAGAAUUUCCUCCUGAAAGCACCACUUACUCUCACUUUUCCUUUAUUUACUAUUACCGUUCGCCUAGGUUUAUGCUCAAAUUGUAUAUUCUGUUUUGUGUAUAAGGUGGUAGUGAAGAAAAAAGCACCUCAAACAGAGAUUUUUAUUGGUGGUCUUCCACAAUCUUUAACUGAAGAUGAUUUGAAGAAAUAUUUUUCUUCUUUUGGCGAUGUUGUGGGGCGUCGGAUCAUGCUGGAUCGAAAAACUGGUCGGUCCCAAGGCUUUGGCUUUGUGACUUUUGAUAAUGAAGAAGCAGUUGAAAAGGUUUUAGCGAACGGAUGUAUGCACGAACUUGGUGGCAAACAAGUUGAAAUUAAGAGGGCCAAGCCAAAGAGAGUUUGUGCUGAACUUGCAAGUGAAAACCAGCUACAUCAUGGUGGGAGUAUUUUAAAAUCGCAUCGUGGUGAUUGUGGUUCUGUUGAAGGUUUUGGUGGCGCAUAUGGUGGAACCACGGGUGCAGGUCAUGGUGGAUAUGGAGGAUAUGAAGGAUACGACAAUUAUGAUGGUGGGUAUGGCAAGUUUCCAGGAAGUUAUGGUGCAGGUCCUCGGGUAUUUUACCCUGUAUAUGGUGGAUACAGUAAUGGAUUUGGGUUUGGUGGAGCUAUGUAUGGUUCAGCUGGUUAUGGAGGCAGCAGCUAUGGUGCACCUGUCUACUAUGGUGGUGGUACGGGUGGAGCUAUGUAUGGCGCAGCAGGUUAUGGAGGCAGCAGCUAUGGUGUACCUGUCUACUAUGUUGCUGGUACUGGUGGAGCUAUAUAUGGAGGCAGCAGCUAUGGUUCACCAGUCUACUAUGGGGGUGGUACUGGUUAUGCUAGCAGUAACGGAUAUGCGAACAAUGGUGGCAAUCCUGCUGGUUAUGAUAAUGCAAACACGUAUGACACUGGUGGCAGCAGUGGUGAUGCCAAUGCAUUAUGAAAUGACGGUGCUGCUAAUGGGAGGUUUCAUCGUUAUUGGAAGUGGCAAGUCUGCCUCUGAGGUGGCAAAAAUUUGAUGACUUUUGACGGGUACCAUCAAUGCAUAAAAUGUUUCAUGAUGGUGUUUGUUUCAUUUGGGGUUUAUGAUUUUGGUGACGAAGUUAUUUUCUUACCCGCACUAACUUCCAGAUCCAGUAGCUGUAUUCGCGGUCAACUUGGUAUAUGGAUAGUGUAGUUGUUGUUUAAACUUUGCAAGUUAAUCAAACUGUCUUAUUGUAAGAAACUUUAGACACCUCUCGAAUAGAAACACACAUUUCACUUGUAUAUAUCAAUACUUUGUAAAAGCCAUUGAGGUGUGAUAUAAUG